AUGAAGUUUAACCAAGUCAACGAACAUAUUCAAGAUAUGACAAGUAAUGAUAAUAGUAAAACAAAGCAAGCUUGGGGAAAUUCUAUGUUGCAUCCAUCCCAAUGCAAAUUUCUAAAUAUUUCGGGCAGCAAAUGGAUGAUAUGGACUAUAAUGCAUCUCCAUUUAGAAUUAUGUAAAAUAUCUCGCGAGAUAGACUGCAUAUUUGGAGUACAAAUGACUAUCAAAAUGGGAAGUUACUUCGCUUUCAUGGCUGCGGAUCUUAGUCAUUUUUUUGACUUGAUAUUUUUUAAUAAAUAUAUCAUAAGUUUAAACAAUAUAUUGUUUACAAUUUUAUGCCUAAUCUGGCUUUCCCAUAAUAUUUUCAAACUUUUCAUCAUUAAUUACGUGUGCGAAAAAGUUAGCGCCAAGGCAAAUGCAACAAAAAAUUUUGUAAAUAGAAUAUCGUAUUCUACGCGCAAUGUUGAAAUGUGUGAAAAUAUAUCACAAUUAUUGUUACAAUUGACUCUCUCGCCGCUACGGUUUUAUGGUCUUGGACUUUUCCAGUUUGGCUUCAAAUUUCUUCAAGGAUUUAUCACGUCUGUUACGACAGUUGUAGUUAUAUUAAUACAGUCACAGAUUGAUAAUAAACCAUGUUAA